AGACUCUUCAUCGUACCCAUCCCCCCCCCUUCUCUCUCUCUCUCUCUCUCUCUUGCAUGGCAGCCAAUUUGCAGAGGCGAGGAUUCGCGAGCUUUGGGAAGCGAUUCGUCAAAGGAAACUGGAUCGGUAGCUCUCGAGAUCCGUCAUCGCCGGUUUCUGCUGUCAAGAGGGGCGUGCAUUUCUCGGUGUACGAUAAGAACGUGGACGAUCAGGUACGUCCAACCGUGGUACCGGACGAUGUGAUCGAUCCCCCGUCUGACAAGUACUGGGCCCCACAUCCCCAGACCGGAGUCUUCGGGCCCCCCGAGCUCAACGGCUGCUCUGGUGGGGGCCGCUACUCACCCCUGCCAAUCCCCGCGAAUGGUUCGGUCCUGGAGCAGCAGGCCUGGUUCCGAACCGUCGACGGCGUCGACAAGGACCACCACGCGUGAAAUAUAGGAAGGGGAAGGAGUGGGCUCCACACGAUUACCUCUGGUCCUGCUCGUGUGGCCCACUGGCAUUAUUAGUAUUAUCUUUUCCUUUCCUACGCUGCGUAUGCCUAGUAGCCGUAGCAAGCUUGUUAUAUUCAUAAAUACAUGUACGUAUGUUGUACUGGUAUGUUUGCCGAAUACGUCUGUACUACGGUCGGAGCUUGCUCCAUGUGUUACUACUGGUUUCAUAUAUACGUAGAAAGACUUUAUUUUGCUUGGGAAA